GGGAGGCGAUGGAGGUGGGCUGCUGCUUCAAGAACUACGAGGACUUCAAGGAGUGCUUCCAGACCUACAAGAAGGAGAACCGGCUGCAGUACGGCCUGAAGAACUGCGUCUCUGUUCGGUUUUACAAUCGGAAGAACGGGACCAGCGUCCGGGAGGAUGUGAUGUUCAUGCAGGUGAAGUUUGGCUGCGUUGGGUCGAGGGAAUGCAGCAAGAAGAGGAAGCUGCGUCCACCGCUCUGCCCAGCAUAUUUUGUCCUGCAGUAUAACGAGGAGCUGGAUCGGCUGGUGGUCAUCGAGCUGAACAGCAGUCAUGUCCAUGCGGAGUCAAAGUCUUCCUCGAACUGCGGUGAUCCACCACCUGUGGCCAGAAUGACUGCGCAGAAGUCUGGCUGCAAAGGCCAAGGCAGCCCUCCUGCCAAGCUGCGCAGGCAGCACCCCGCAGAGGUAGAAGGCAGCCCCCUGGGCAAUGGAGUGAGCUCCAAGGUCAGCGCAGACAGUUGUGCACGGGUGAAGGUGGAAAUGGAUUCAGAGGGACCUUCGCCCCCACUGCCCCACGGGGGCUCAGAGAAGGAAAGUCCCCCCAAUUCUGCGUUGGUUCAGGUGGGUGAAGUGAUGAAGAACUUCCUGCGGGUGGACAUGGGGUCUCUGGCCUCCAUCAGCGUGGGCAGCGACCAGGCCCUGCAAAGGCUGAACUUCCAGACGAGCAAGAUGAAGAGCUUGUUUGUGAAGUUCCCCGAGAGCCUCUUGCUGCACCAGGUGCAGAGCGAGCAGGGCCACUCCCUGUAUGCUUUCCUGGUGGAGAGCAAGGACCGGGUGGGGAAGCUGGUUCAUUUUGCCAUCCUGAAGGAGGACACGGCGGAGGACGCCAGGAAGAUGCUCUCCGUCUUCAAAGAGUUCAACCCCGAGUGGCAGAAGAUCAAGGUGGUCUUUGUGGACAUGUCCUUUCUCCACCGGCCCAUCUUGCAAGAGCUCUUCCCUUCCGCCCAGGUGCUUCUCUCUGUCUACCACACGGUGCGCCUCCUGGAGAAGAAGCUGAAGGAGUCCCACGCCCCCCACUACUACAAGCAGAACCUGAAGCUGGCCUUGAGGAAAGCGGUCUUCUCCACCUCCAGCGCCAACCUGGUCACGCUGUCUCAGCAGGUCAAGCGCGUGGUGGACCGCGGGCUGUACAACUAUCUCCAGGCCAACUGGUUCUCCUGUGAGAUGCUGUGGUACAUGCACGCCAAGAAGGGCCUCCAUUCCUGCAGCACCUACAUAGACAGCUUAGACCUCGUCACCCAGAAGCUGUCCAACCUUUUCAGCACGCAGCUGUCCCUGGAGACGGGCAUCCUUCGCUUUUUGGAAUCUGCAGACGGCUUCAACACCAAAGGCCUGGAGCACUUGACCCAAGGCUUCUCUCACCUGGAGGAGGACGUCCGCAGCGGCCUUAUGGAGGAGCUCCACACGACGCAGCCCCGAGUCUCUGCCAGGCGCGGUUCUGGUGCCGCCUCUCAGCAGGGCCCCGUCAGAACGGCCCCCAAGCAGCAGCCGGCCAGAUGCCCUCCCGCCAGGCCCGCCUCCACCAUGCUGGUGGCUCUGCGGGAGGCCUGCACUGACCUCGCCUACCAGCUGUGUCUGAACGAGUGGGAUGUGGUGCAGAAGUCCACCCAGCUGAUGAGCUCCACCAAGGGCAAGACCAAGGUGCGGCUGCUGGAGGAGACGCACCAGGUGAGCAAAGACUGCCGGAAGUGCAGCUGCUACUUCCACUGCCGCUACCAGCUGCCGUGCCGGCACAUCCUCUCUGUGCUCCACGCCAGCCAGCGGGUGGUGGAGGAGGCGAUGGUGUGCAGGCGCUGGCAGAAGAAGUACCAGCACCUUUCCAUCUGGGGCGAGAACCUGCCCGAGGACUCGGCGCCCUCUAAAGGCACCCCAGAGACAGGAGCGGGGCUGUCUGAGGAACGGCGGGAUAAAAUCCUGUCUCUCAGCAAGGAGCUGGGGAACCUCCUGCUGCAGAGCGAGGGGGAGGAACUGGAGGAGCGGACCUCCACGCUCAGGAUGAUUGUGGACAUUUGGGCAAAGUCCUGUGAGCUGCGGGAAGAGGAGGAAGAGGAGACGGAGGGGAAGCACCUUAGCUUGCAGAACGUGGGGGACCUCCCUUUCCUCUGGGUGAAGAAGGAAGAGAUGGAAGUGGAGGUGGCGGAAGCAACUCCCAGGGCAUCUGCAGAGGGUGCCCAGACCUUUCUGCUGCCUCCACAAGCUGUCUAGCCCAGUCUGGAACUACAGCAGCUGCUGGAGCCACGCUAAAUGCCUACCGUGGUUCUUCCUUUCUCCAUAAAGAAACUCAGGGUAACUGAGCUUCCCAGCAAUAUAACUGACUUUUCCUCUGCCCGUUAGGGAAACAUUUAAGCAGUCCCAAGUUCAUUCCUGUCCUGUAUGCAACAGAGGUCUGCACAGGCGACGUUCUCCCCCCCCCCCCCAAAAAAAAGUCUCAGGGCAGACCAGUAAGGUGCACAGAGCCCCAAAGCUUCCAGAAUUGCAGGGUACAGCUGCAAGCUUGACAAUCGGGAAGGCUUUAUCCACAGGCCUCUCUGUUCUGGGAUUUCAGUGUGUUCUUCCUAGAAUCAGGCACGUCCUGGCUGCUCUUUUAUAACUUGGCAGUUGGAACAAAGAGCUCCAGAAUAUCUGUGUCCUGUGGCUCUCGGGGCCUGAUGCACGAUGGCAUUGCUGUCUUCUGAUCUUGCUCGUCCGCCCCGAUGCUCACAGAGUGGAGGCUGGGCCCCCAUUUCCCCAUAGAAAACAAGGCCGUGGUGGGGGUGGGACUGUUGGUUUGGAGUUCCUGUUUUUGGUUCUGAAGCCUCUGCUCGCAGUGGCGAGUUUUGCUGCUAUGUAUGUAGACCAAAUUAAUUGUUGAAAUACAGAUGUGCUUCUUUUGGUGCUGA